UAAGCUAAAUCUGUGGGAUGGAUUUGAUUACAAGCUUUUCAAUAGAUGAGAUAUUAAUUAUUAACUCAAAAUACCCAUACUCUUUGUUUCCUCAAUUCAAAGCUUAUCUUUUUAGAAUUGGAGAAAUUCUAAAAUUGACUUUGUAUAAUGAUGAUGGGAACGUGGAACCAUCUUUUUGGCUGCUAAAGAUGUAUCAAAAGGCGGAGACAAGAACCGACCAUAGGCUAAAACAACCCCACCUUCAUUCUGAUAAGAUUAUAAUGCAGAAUUGCAAACUUCUUUUAGCGCCAGACCCAAACCAAGCAAUAACGAGGUUCUAAUAUCGUCAGCCCCAUUAGCGAAGACACCGUCGUCCCUCUGGGUCCCAAUUUUCAACUCGUCUCAACGCAGCUUCCACUAGAAUCGGCGACCACCAGCCGCACCACCAUUCCUGCAUUGUUCCACUAGAACCAGAAAACGCGCUGACAUAACGCAUGGAUCCCAUCUUUCGCCACCGUUUCCUUAACACCUCCCCUUCUGCAGCGCCAGAAGACGAAAAUGGAAACGGCGAUGAGCUAAACGAGGUUGAGGUCCUCUGGACAAAUGAUUUCACUGAACAAAGCUUAGUGCGCUCCGCCAAUGAAAAUAAUGGCCGGAAAUCUUUCCAGCGGCACUCCGGCAUUCUAGCGGCGAUGCCGGAGUCGAAUCAUCACUCUAUACUCUAUCGCAAGCCUUCAAUUUCUUCCUCAUCGAAGUCGAUUCCGAUGAUACCGAGACCGCCCCAGAGUGAUAGAGAGUAUGCAUCGCAAUCGGUGCCUGAAAGGAAGAUGAACCAAUCAGCUCCGAUGAAUGUGCCUUUACUGUCAAUUGCCAUGUCGAAGCAGAGGAAUAGUAAGUUUAGGGAAGAUGAUGGUGAUUCUGACGGCGGAGAUGAGGAGAUGCUGCCGCCUCACGAGAUUGUAGCGCGAGGGUCGAGAAAGUCUCCGAAGACUACGUUUUCGGUGCUGGAAGGAGUUGGAAGGACUCUAAAAGGAAGGGAUCUGAGACAGGUGAGGAAUGCCGUGUUUCGCCAAACUGGGUUUCUUGAUUGAUAACAUGAUAAGAUUUUUCUUUUUUUUCCCCUUUUUGUUAGGCAUGCAAUGAAUUCUGGGAUAUUUGAUUGAUAAUCAUAGUUUUAGUGUUGUUCCAUUUUAGAUUAUAUGCAGCUCAUUUUUAGCUUUUUAUUUUAA